ACAAGGGGGGACGUUGGGUCCAUUCAACGUUGGGGCUGAAUGAAUCCUCGCCUUCGCCCUCGUUAUUAUUAUUAAUGAAGUGACAAACAAGAUGCCGUGCGAACCACACACACAAUAUAUACGGGUAAUCUACCCCGGACCCCCCACGGUUGCACCGGAUUCUCGUCUACAAGCACUACCUCUUUAGGUUACACGUAUCGCGAGCUCAACUAGCAAAGCACCUCGAUCCACGCAUCAUGGAAUUCCCACAUGAUGGCGAGUCUGUCUAUUAUCGAUAUCAAGCUGCGUACGUCCGUAGCUGGUCGGGAGACUUGUUGUAUUGCACGGGGCCUGGUGUCAACCGAAUCCAGGGGAACUGGGACUUGAUCAGCGUUGUCUUAGACACUCAGAGUCCUACACCGCCGACCCAGCCGUACUUUCAUCAUGUCAAGCUUAAUGGGGAUUUCCAAGGCCAAGAAUUCCAUGAGUUGCGUCAGGCUUCGACAUCGACCUUUACUGGAAUAAUCCUCAGCGAUGUGGCCGACCAUGCAAAUGCCAAGCAAGAUUUCGAGACAUUCUUCUGUCAGCUGCUCCUUCGUGAGGCCAACUUCGCUAUCACCCAUCAAUCUACGAGUCUUAAUCCGGUAUCUUUGGAUCGAUACGAUCAAGCCACAGAAGAAAUCGUGUCUCUCUUCGACAGGUUUCUUCGGUAUCAGGGUGAAAACGACAAGUGGAUCGAAUCUGGGCGAGCUUACUUCGCGGAGCGCGUCCGUCACUUUACUUCUCAGGGGAGACGGAUCGAGCUUUGCCUGCCUGCUUUUCCGUGCAAGUCAUCUAAUAUAGAUAAGGUGACGGGGAAAGACCCCGAUCGUGGAGAACUACUCGCCUUGGAGCGCCUACAUAGCUUUGUAGAAGCUGUCGAGAAGAUUUAUGAUGUAGGCGCAAAACUUUGGAUUAUUAGCGAUGGACAUGUUUUCAGCGACUGUAUUGGUGUCGACGAUGAGGAUGUAGAUUUAUACGGUUUGAAACUGAUCAAGAUGAACCGCGCCAUUGGUCUUCGAAGAGGAAAUCCGGAUCGGGUUGGCUUUAAAUCUCUUGUCGAUCUCUUUGAGUUGGACGGGAGGUACAAACACAAACUAGCGAGGCUUUCCAAACUUGAUAUUCCCACUAUCGACCAUCACGUCGAAACGCGGGUGACUACAGAAGCGGAACUUUGCCGGCGUAUCCUUAUGGCUGGGUGUCAAUCGCAGAGGUCUGGGCUCCGAGCUCGGAUCGAGUCGCAAGAUGCUGCUAUCCUGGCUCUAUAUCGCGGGUUCUCGCGAUUUAUGCUCGAAGAUCUGGAACAUCAUCCAUUCACGCGAACCAUGAGCCGCUCGAAGCAGAAGAAGCUUUCUGCCAAAGUGGCAUUUGAGAUGAUCAUGAGAAAUCAGGCGUAUUCUAAUCUUGUGGAACUCCUCUUCCCAAAUCACAUUCGGUUAUCGAUCCACGCACACAACAAUGCCGGCCCCAAGUUCGGCAUCCAACUAUUUGACCCAGCCGUCGUUCGGGCCGUGGAGUCACUCUCGCCUAACAGCAACCCCAUGACCUCCCGCGACCUGCUACACAUCCCUACCCCGUGGCAUAACUCGGUGGUCAAGGUCGUUGGUAGUAAGGUGCUCUGCGUCACCAAGGCUAAGGUAGUACGAGAUGCCCUAGCCGAUGGCGGAAUGACGGGUAGCUUGCUUGGACAAGAAAACCAGAUCGAUUCCAUCCCGGCAGUAUAUUACACCGUAUGCGCCACCGCUACGAAGCGAGAGGCGGCAGAGCAACAGGAAGAACAUAAAGAACCCCAGAAGACUAUUCCAAAGAUAACUAUUACAUCAAAUAGGGACAGCAGAGCGUCGUGAGUAACUGAGAACCACCUUCUACUCAGAUGCCUAAAUACUAACUUGAUUCUCAAGACUGACGAUCGCCCCCGUCCGAUAUUUCGCGGCUAGUUCAGCCCCUCUGACGUGCGAAAUCGAUUGCGUUCUUGUGUAAACAGGCCAAGGGGGUAUCGUCGUACCUACAUCCAUAAAAAUAGGGGAAGGAUUUUGGGAACCGGCUGGUCAGGUGCAAUAAAAUCGUUUAAUCGCCACGGGCACUUGGUAGCGGAGUGCCUUCGGGGACUUGAUGGUAUUUUCAAUUUUUGGGCGUUCUUAAGCUUCUUUUCUUUUGCUAGGCGAAUAAUAAUCUCCAGUUGAUAUUUGCCAG